AUGGAUCCGCGGUGCAGCCAGCAGUGGGAGAGCUCGAUGGAGGACGUGUCGACGCCGCUGCUGCCUCUGCAUGACGACGGCAGGACGGACGGGCGCUCGUGCUCGGCCCUGGCGUCGCUGCUCGCCAACAAGUACCUCGCGAUCGCGGCGGGGCCGCUGGCGUCGGCGCUCAUCUGCGCAUUCGUGGACUUCGGCCACGGGCGCGCCGCGGCGCGCAACAUGCUGGGCGUGCUGGCGUGGGUGUUCAUCUGGUGGCUCACCGACGCCGUGCCGCUCGGCGUGGCGUCCAUGGCGCCGCUGUUCCUCUUCCCGGCGUUCGGCAUCUCCUCCUCGGACGCCGUCGCCAAGGCCUACAUGGACGACGUCAUCUCCCUCGUCCUCGGUAGCUUCAUCCUGGCGCUCGCCAUCGAGCACUACAACAUCCACCGCCGCCUCGCCCUCAACAUCACGUCGCUCUUCUGCGGGGACCCGGUGAGGCCGCCGCUGCUGCUGCUGGGCAUCUGCGGCACCACCAUGUUCAUCAGCAUGUGGAUUCACAACACGCCCUGCACCGUCAUGAUGAUGCCGGUGGCGACGGGGAUCCUGCAGCGGUUCCCGCGCGGCCAGGCGGCGUCCUCGUCCGCCGACGCGCACGAGGUCCGGCGGUUCUCCAAGGCGGUGGUGCUCGGCGUCAUGUACGCGUCCACCAUCGGCGGGAUGUCGACGCUGACGGGCACGGGCGCCAACAUCAUCCUGGUGGGGAUGUGGUCCACCUACUUCCCCGAGCAGCGGCCCAUCACCUUUAGCUCCUGGAUGUCUUUCGGCUUCCCCGUCGCGCUUGUACUGUUCGCGGCGCUCUGGGUCACGCUCUGCCUCAUGUACUGCUCCAGCAACACCGGAAGAGCGCUGUCGGCUUACCUCGACAGGACCCAUCUCAGGAGGGAGCUCAGCUUGCUUGGUCCAAUGGCUUUUGCAGAGAAGAUGGUUCUAGCCGUUUUUGGAGGCCUAAUUGUGCUGUGGAUGACGAGAAGCCUGACGAACGACAUCCCUGGGUGGGGAGUCCUCUUCCACGGCAAAGUCGGGGAUGGAACAGUCACCAUCAUGAUGACCACUCUGCUCUUCAUAAUCCCCAACGGCAAGGGCGGCGGCGAGAAGCUCAUGGACUGGGGCAAGUGCCGGAAGCUGCAGUGGAACAUCAUCCUCCUCCUCGGCGCGGGUUUCGCCAUCGCCGAGGGCUUCAAGGCGAGCGGCCUGACGGACAUACUCUCGGAGGGGCUGGGAUUCCUGAGGGGCGCGCCGCCGCUGGUGAUCGCGCCCGUGGCGUGCGUCUUCAGCGCCGUCAUCACGGAGUUCACGUCAGACGACGCGGCCACCACCCUGGUCCUGCCGCUGCUGGCGGAGCUGGGAAACACCAUCGGCGUGCACCCUCUGCUGCUCAUGGUCCCCGGUACGGUCGGCGCGCAGCUGUCCUACCUGCUGCCCACCGCCUCGCCGCCCAACGUCGUCGGGUUCGGCACCGGCUACAUCACCAUCAAGGACAUGGUGCUCACCGGAAUACCCAUCAAAGUGGUGGGCGUUGCAACUCUCGCCGUCCUACUUCCAACUCUAGGUUCUGUGGUUUUUGGCAUGGAUCAGAAGUUGUAG